AUGGAUUUGUUAAUUGGUAAUGAGUCGUAUUGUUAUUGUGAUAAAUGCAAACGUGUAAUUGAUCGUAAUAAUGGAACUGAAAUCAAAUUCAACAAUAGAUUUUAUCAUGUUGACUGUUUUACAUGUGUUAUUUGUAAUGGAAAUCUUAAUAAUUCAAUAAAUAGUAAAUAUAAAGUUCAUGAUAAUGGAGAAGCUAUAUGUUCAGUAUGUGAAUUAGCACAAGCUAAAAUAUGUUAUGUUUGUCGAGAACCUAUUCUUAGUCAAGAAUCAAUUAUUUUCGAUGAAAAAAAUUAUCAUAAAAAUUGUUUUUAUUGUGCUCAAUGUCAUAAAUCAUUGAUUGAUGAAAAAGAUUUACGAAAACAUAAUUUAAAAGCCUGUUGUAUUCAAUGUUAUAAUGAACAGUUUGCACCACGAUGUGAACAAUGUUUUGAAGUGAUAUCUACUGGAAAAUCUACUGUUUACAAUGGAAAAAAAUAUCAUCCAGAUUGUUUUCGAUGUAAUCAAUGUAAUAAAGUAAUAAUGAAUAGUGAAUUUUCAAUAAAUAAUUCAAAAUUUUAUUGUCUUGAAUGUUACAAUGAACAUUUUCUACCGAAAUGUCUACAAUGCUUCAAACCAAUUUUAAAUGGAAAAUUGAUUAGUUAUAAUGAUAAAACUUAUCAUCAAGAUUGUUUUCGAUGUGAUCAAUGUAAUAAAAUCAUAAUUGAUAUGGAAUUUUCAACACAGAAUUCAAAACGUUAUUGUAUUCAAUGUUAUAAUGAAUAUUUUGCACCUAAAUGUGCUCAAUGCUUUAAAUCAAUAUCUGUUGGAAAAUCAAUAAUUUAUAAUGAAAAAACUUAUCAUUCAGAUUGUUUUCGUUGUAAUCAAUGUGAUAAAAUAAUAAUUGAUUCAAAAUUUCAAGUAGAAAAUUCGAAACCUUGUUGUAUUCAAUGUUACAAUGAAUAUUUUAAACCACGAUGUUCAAAGUGUUUAAGACCUAUAAUUGAUAAAUAUAGAACAUUUAAAGGGAAAAAUUUUCACAUUGAUUGUUUUCAGUGUAUGAAAUGUCAUCGUAUAAUUAACAAUGGAGAAAAUUUUUACAAUGAUCAACAUGAUAUUCUAUGUUCAACCUGUGCUAUAUAA